AUGACACGCCUUCAACGAUUUCUUAAAUCACUGUUAAGCGGAAACUCUCUCAAUCUUCCUCCCUAUUAUUCGCAAUUGAUGCGAUCACCACAUUUUGAAAAUUUAAUGUCGGGAGGAGAUUUGAAAUAUGCUCAUCCUGCUGUUCGGGAAUUGUUGCGAGAAGAUGCAAUGAAAUUCGCACAACAUUUACCAAAAACUUUGUUUGUGUUUGAGCCACCAAUUGAUUUGAUUGAAGAAAAACAAAACUUUACAAUUCAUGCUGAUAUUCCAGGAUUUCACAAAAACAACAUUUCAAUUAUUGUCACCGAUGAGGAAAAAGGCGAGAUUGUCAUUAAGGGAGAUUUGGUGGACUUGGAAGAAAAACAAAAACGUGAGGAGGAGGAAGUGUUCGGAACUUAUUUAAUUCAAGAACGAGCGUUAAUGCCUGAAUUUGAAAGAAAGGUAACUCUAAAAAAUCCUUCUGAAAUUGAUUGGGAGAAAAUUAAAGCAAAUAUUAAGCAUGGAAAAUUAACGGUGACAAUUCCAAAGAGAGAACAACCAGAGAAACCUCCAAAAGAGUCAAAGGUCAUUCCUAUUCAUGAGGAACAAUAA